AUGUCGCUUCCUCCAUCACCGCCGCUGCUGCCAAACACCAACGCCUCACCUACGCUGCCGCCAGCCCCGUCCGCGUCCAUGCCGGCGCUCACAUCCGGGACGGCCACCCCGACAGCGCCGAUCGCCACCGCGGCAGAGCCACCCCCCAUCCUCUCGCUCGAGGAGGUCUCGGGCACCCUUCGGAAGCUCGUCCAGGCGGUCAAAGGCAUCAGCCUCUACCUCGCCGGGAACCAGCCCCCGCCGCCGAGCGCCACCACCACCGCCUACGGGCCGCCGCCUCUUCCAUGGGCCGCCCCGACCUUCCAGUCGCCCUACGGAGGGCUGCCCCCGCCGCCGCUGCUGCUGCAGCACUACCCAACCAAGGGGAACCCUUGGCCCGCGUGGCCGGCCGCCACCGCACCGCUGGGGGACCCUCCCAGCAGCUUCUUCAGGCGCCCCCGCCGGCUACUUCGACGCUGGCUGCGGCGCCGCAGCUCCUCCCGGCGCCGCCAUCGUCGACUACAUCACCACCCGCGCCCAGGCCCACGGGUCGGCCCCUGCACCAGACCGUCCCUCCGGCUCGGCGACCUAUGCCCCGGAGAUCCCCGACCCGGCACACUCGCUGCCGCCGACUGCAGCCACCCCGGGCACGAUGGUCCGACACCCCCUCGCUUCGCCAAACUGGACUUCGCCACCUACGAGGGCACGGAGGACCCUCUCAACUGGCUCAACCAGUGCGAGCAGUUCUUUCGCGGGCAGCGGACGCUCGCUUCAGAUCGUACCUGGCUCGCGUCCUAUCAUCUCCGCGGCGCGGCGCAGACCUGGUACUACGCCCUCGAGCAGGACGAGGGCGGCAUGCCACCAUGGGAGCGCUUCCGGGAGCUCUGUCUUCUCCGGUUCGGGCCUCCUAUCCGCGGGAGCCGCCUGGCGGCCCUCGGCCGCUUACAGUUCACCUCCACGGUUCAGGACUACGCCGACCGCUUCCAGGCCCUGGCAUGCCACGCGCCGAGCGUCUCCGGGAUUCAGCGUGCCGAGUUAUUUGUGGGCGGUCUGCCGGACCAUAUUCGCGCGGACGUCGAGCUCCGGGAUCCCCCCGCCUCCAGACGGCCAUGUACUACGCCCUAGCU